CUCCAUCGUCCAUUUCUGAACUUGAUAUUCUUCACUUUGAAAGACCGCCUUAUGGAAGGCCGAAAAUGAUCAAUAAACGAAACGAAUCCAGAAACUCCUUGAAUGAAUUGUCCAAAAAUCCAUUCGUUACUUUAUCUCCAAUGAAAAGUAAUCCAUCUUUCUAAUAACCCUGCCCCAUCCUAUAUAUAUUAUUAAUUAAAUAUAUCUUACAAAGGCCUGUCCCGAUAUUAAUAAGUAAUUCACAGAACUGAAUAUGGAGGAUCAUCAUUGUUAUUAUAGUAAUAAUAAUAAUGAUUUCCGCGUAUCAUUUCGGAGGUGGAUGUGGUUGGUGGCGGCGGUGAUGGCGGUGGGGGGGCAAGGAGGGAAAUUGUCCGGAGUGGAGGGACUGGGAUGCAAUUUGGGGUCUAGGGCAACGCAUCCGCUGCCGCCGGACAUCGUAGUGAAGCUGAUGAAGGACAACGGGUUCGACAAGGUGAAACUGUUCGAGGCGGAAGGUCCGAUAUUGAGGGCGCUGGGGAGGUCGGGGAUCGAGGUGAUGGUCGGAAUUCCCAACGACAUGCUGGCCGGCCUCGCCGCCAGCGUCAGCGCCGCCGAGGCUUGGGUGGCUCAGAAUGUGUCCGCUUUCAUUUCCAAGUAUGGCGUAGACAUAAGGCACGUGGCGGUAGGAAAUGAACCAUUCUUGAAAACGUACAAAGACAAAUUCGUGCUAACAACAUUUCCGGCACUGAAGAAUAUCGGAGCGGCACUGGUCAAAGCUGGCUUAGGUCGUCAGGUCAAAGUCACGGUCCCACUAAACGCCGACGUGUAUGACACGUCCACCGGCGUUCCCUCCGGCGGAAACUUCCGGCCCGAGAUAGAACCACUCAUGCUCUCCAUCGUCAAAUUCCUCAGCGACAACGACGGCCACCUCACCAUCAACAUCUACCCUUUCCUCAGCCUAUACGCCGACUCCCACUUCCCCGUCGAUUACGCCUUCUUCAACGGCGCCGCCUCCCCGGUCGUCGACGGCUCCACCGUUUACACCAACGUCUUGGACGCCAAUUACGACACUCUGGUCUGGGCCCUCGAGAAAAACGGGUACGGGUCACUGCCCAUCAUCAUCGGGGAGGUCGGGUGGCCCACCGACGGCGACCAGAAUGCGAAUCUGGAGUAUGCCCGGAAGUUCAAUCAGGGGUUAGUGGACCGGAUAAUUCAGGGCCGGGGAACCCCGAAGCGGCCGUCGUCGCCGCCGGACACGUAUCUGUUCGGGCUGAUCGACGAGGACGCCAAGAGCAUCGAUCCAGGAAACUUCGAGAGGCAUUGGGGGCUGUUCUACUUCGACGGCACGAUCAAGUAUCAGCUAGAUCUGGGAAACAACCGGAGUUUGACGCCGGCGAAGGGCGUCCGGUAUUAUCCCCGGCAGUGGUGCGUUUUAGCCGGGGACGCCAAUCCAGCGGACCCCACCAGCUUGGAGGCCUUUGUCAACUACGCCUGCGGCUUAGCCGACUGCACGAGCCUCGGCUUCGGCUCGUCCUGCGCCGGCUUGGACGCCCGGGGAAACGCUUCUUAUGUGUUCAAUAGUUACUAUCAGACGAUGAAUCAGACGAGAAGCGCGUGCGGCGACAAGACGCAGAAUUUGGGGGCGAUUACCAAGAUCGACCCGUCUCCGACGCGCUCUUCGCAGGGAGGCGCGUGCAGGUUUGAGGUCAUGAUCGACGUCGCCGCGCACAAGAAGAAGUCUCCUUUUCCAGGCACUUCUUCCGCCGUGAAGCAGCAGAGUUCUUUUUCCGUUCUUGGGGCCGUGCAAGCUGCGGCCACCAUUGUGUUUAUGGCGUUUUCAUGAUUUCAUAUUCAAUUUAUCAUUUUCUCUGCUGUAAAGUUAAAUACUCGUACAAAUUAGUUUCUUUGGCCAUAGAAACUCAUAAGCUAGCUAUGGUAUUAUGUUGUACAAUAGUAUUUUUUCCUAUUUUCUACUUUACAAAAGUCUCAAUAAGCUUUGCUUCAUUAAAUAUGUAGUCUAAAUUUGAUAUAUAAAAUAAAAGAUUGAAAAUGAUUUAGUUUGAUCAUGUAAAUAGUGGACGAGAACUUU